CCACCUGCUGCUGGAGUGAGGGUUUCCUCUAAUGUUAAGAUAUUUUUUAUUGUGUGAUAUAGUUCAUCAUUUCGGGAUCUUUCAUGGUGGUGGCUGAGAAUCGUAAAUCAUCAUUUCUGGUAAAAGGCAGUUUAGGGAUGAAUAUCAUGAGUAGUAUUGUUGCAGCUAUUGGGAUAAUUCUUUUUCUUGUGGACAUCGUUUAUUUCCCUAGUUUUAUUUCUGACAGCUACUAUGCAUGGGCACGGAGAACAGCACAAGGGCUUUCAGCUGUGCUUUUGAUCUUUUCCAUCCUGGAGCUUUUCAUUGGGCUUGUUGCUUCAAGUUUUGGAUGUAAAGCUGUAUACUAUGAAGCUGAUGAGGCAACACAUUUUGUGCCAGAUGCAAUUGUAUCACACCAAGGAGUUCUCAUACCAGUGGAUCCUCCUCCUUAUGAAGCAUAGGCUAAUGCAGGUUAU